UUCACUGUUUAGAAGAUCCCACAUGGACACCUUUAACUCUCCAGCUGUUCCUCUUUUUCUUUCUUGUUUAAAGCUCUCACAGACAGACACAAAAGUUGGAUUUUGUGUCCCUUUACCCUGAAGUUCUUAGUCUUUUCUUGUGAGGAUGGUUUGAUGUUCCAUGCCAUGAUAAUCAAGAACUAAGUGAAGCUCUACUAACAGAUGAAACCAGAGAGCUCAACAGACAGAGGAGUGGCAUGGAUUUGUACUAUCAUGGAGUACAUUUCAACAUCGAGUUCGGGCCGCUGGAACAUCCAAUGGAGCCACCGGACGAGGAUCGCCCGGUGAAAUGCCCAAUGCCUUCUUCCUCUGUCAUCAAUAUGGAUAGAGAGAUGCAGGAGGAGCGGCGGUUUGGAGAGUGCUUUGGGAAGAUAACAGAAUUGUCGGCUGGGGUGAAAAUGGAUGGCAUUGUUUUUGAAACUACAGAGGCACCUGGACGAGCUGUGCGUAAAAGGCAGCAUAAGCUUACUCAUGGUGAUCACAUUAUAACACCUUUAACCAGAAUGCCUCCUCUCCCUCCUUUACCAACCCAGAAUUUCACCGUCUUUCAAAUGCUUCAGCAGUUGGACAAGUUCGAGUCUUGACAUGCAUAUCAAUGACGUCUUCAUCCUAGAUGAGAAAUUCAUCUUGAUUGCAAGUAGCUUUCUUUGACAGAAAUGUUCCUAGAUAUGGGUUUUUUUUUUUUUUUUGAUAAAGAAUUUUCCUACGUAUGUGAUACAUAGAAUGUACAAUAUUUUCCUACCUAA